AAGAGAAUAUUGUUCGUAGCACGCACAGGGAAUUGUGAAACACGACGGGUAGGAUUUGAGACGAACACGACGAUCAACAUUUCACAUAGAGAGCGAUCCUUGGCUAGGAAUGCUUUGAACAUCAGAUGAACGAUUGAGCUGUUCAAUACAAGAUACACAAGUACCUUAAGACUUCAGACGAGUGCUGUGCGAGCAAAGAAGACCUCGAAACGAGACAACGGGCCUUCAUUAUUGUAUCAGAGUAGGAAAUCCAUUGCGCAUUAUCUAUCAAUCAACGUUACAAGUAAAAAAAUUCUCUCAAUGCUCUGCACAAACAGAGCCGAAGCCUUUGUAUGUUCCCAAAUAUGUCGCUUCAAUAACCCCCACUGACAUCGUCCAGGGCUCAAACUCUCAAAUUAAUUCCUCUUCCCUCCCCACAACAUGUUUUACAGACGUCGUCCUCAUCCCUCUCCCAACUUGGCUCGCCCUCUUCUUCAUACCCAUCCUCUUUGCUCUAGGACUCCACAACCGCAAAAUUAACUACAACCCAUCCACCGCACAUCUACGCUCCAAUACCCGCUCUUCAUGGCCCUACCUCAUCUUCCUUAGUAUCUACUAUUUCCUCAUCUUUGCCAACAUUAUCAUGCUCACUGUGGAAAUUGUGCGAUUAUCUAUGCUUCACUACGGCAUUGGUUUAAUCCCAUUCGCAUACAUCGGACUUCUCCUCUCAGCCUUCUUAUUUUGGAGCGAAGGAAUGCAAGGACGUAUAAAAUGGUGGCAGGGAAUAAACAUGCUAGUUUGGAUAGGAGGCAUUGCGGUGAGUAUUGUGCAAGUCAUUGCAUUAGAGCAGCAAUUUGGGAUCAACGGGAGUAAGGGGAGCAAAUAUCCCGUUAGCGAUCAGAUCCUCGACGUAGCUGUCAUGGCAGGUGUAUAUGCCGUUAUUGUGCUACUGGAGAUAAUAUUAGUGACAUGGAAGGAAAAAAGAAGAACGACAGCGUUAAGAGAAGAAAUGGGAGAAAUGGGUACAUUUAAUUAUGGGAGCGGCGUCAGCGAAAGCCCCAUCAUGAAGGAGUAGAGUAGAUUCUCGUUUGCAAUUUUUGAGAUAUAACUAGCUUGUAUAAGGGUUACUCCUUUCUAUAUUUGUACUGGUAGAAAAUAUUUCUUCAGCUGCUUUGGGGGGUUUUGUAAUGAAUACCUAAGUCUUAAAUUAGGAUUUCUAGUCGGAUAUUAUGGUCAUGACAUACCUGGGACCUGUGUUUUUUUUAGAAUACGAUAAUUACCCCAUUAGGACGAAUAUAAAUAUACUUUCAUUUCU